AUGGCUUUCGAACGCGUGCUCCGAAUCUACCGCUCGUGUCUGUUCCAGAUUGUCAUCGUCGGCCUGGUUGCCUUUUGCGAGCCCGGCAUCUGGACUGCCCUGAACAAUCUCGGUGCAGGAGGAAAUGCCAGUCCUUUCCUGAACAAUGCCGCCAAUGCUCUGACAUACGGGCUUAUGUCGGUAGGCUGCUUCCUCGCCGGUGGUGUUUCCAACAAAAUCACUGCAAAAUGGACACUAUUCAUCGGAGCCGCAUUCUACACACCGUACGCGGCUGGUCUAUACUGCAAUAAUCGCUAUGGCAACGAGUGGUUUCUCCUGCUCGGCGCUGCUCUCUGCGGUAUAGGGGCUUCCCUCCUAUGGGCAAGUGAAGCUGCCAUUGCGGUCGGGUAUCCAGAGGAGGAAAAACGAGGCAGAUACGUUGCAAUCUGGAUGGGCAUCCGCCAGAUGGGUCCCCUUGUCGGCGGUGCCAUCUCGCUCGCUCUGAACGUGCACACGGCCCAGGCGGGAAAGGUGUCCUAUACAACGUAUCUCGGACUCGUCGCCAUUUCAUCUCUUGGCGCACCCUUCGCUUUGCUCCUGUCGCAGCCGCAAAAGGUCGUCAGAACCAACCGGACCAAGAUUCCUUACAUGAAGAAGACGACCUUCAAGAUCGAGGCUCGUGCGAUCUGGAAGCAACUUCGGAACAAAUACAUGUUGCUUCUUAUUCCAGUCUUCCUCGCCGGUCAGUUCGGAACAACUUAUCAGGGCAACUAUUUGACAUCGUAUUUCACCGUCCGUGCUAGGGCCCUCGCGUCGUUCCUGACGGCCGUUGUUGGUGCCUCUGCCAACAUCCUGACGGGUAUCGUUCUGGAUCUGAACCAGUUCUCUCGACAAACUCGCUCGCGUGGUGUAUACAUCUUCGUCCUCAUCUUCGUCACUGCCUCGUGGACGUGGGUUGCCGUGACGCAGACGGAACUCUCGCGCAAGACCGACCCACCGGCGCUCGACCUGGGCGACGGUCACUUUUUCAACCAAGCUUUUACCGUGUACCUGUUCUUCAAGUUCUUCUACGAGGUCCUACAGACAUAUAUCUACUGGCUGAUGGCCGAGAUCAAGGGAGCGCAAGCAGACGGGGAUAUCGCGAGAACGACGGGAAUCCUGAGAUCGUGGGAGUCCAUCGGGAGUACGAUUGCGUAUGCGGUGGGAGCGACGCACUGGCCAAACCUGAAUCAGAUGAUCUUAGGUUUUGCCCUGUGGGGUUUCACGAUCCCGUUCACGCUUCUUGCGGUCUUUGGCGAUUGGAAUGUAUCCGAGUCGCCUGUUAUCGAGACAGAUUCGGAGACAGAAAGUAGUGACCUCGAGGGACAGAGGGUCACCAUCGAUCCUGAUCGCAAGGACUGAAGAAGCAUACUGGAUAUGCCAGCAUAUAGAAUAAAUAUUAGAAAUGAUACUUCUUGAGCUCCAUCUUGGCGAACAAUAGAGCCAGAGAUUGGACACUGCAACAGCUCCGAAUCCCCUCUUCCCAGGUGUAUGAUAUGCCUACACCAUAAGGGUUAGGGAGGGCGGCAGCUAUCGAGGCAGGUGCAAGCAGUGGCCCCGGGUCGUACCUUCCUCUUCCAGUCGUCGAGUCGACCACCGCUAGGGGAAAGUGCCAUGCCGCCGGUCGCUCCUUCCUCACUUGACGUGCCACAGGAAAGAAGGAAGGAGCGACUGCCGGGCGUGCGAGCCCACGUCCGUUCCUGUUUUGUUCUCGAAAAAUGCAUCCAACGGUCGUCAUUUGUGUGGCCAUUCCGCGUUCAAGGAAUCUGAGCGCUCAAAAUACCUUGUUCCACGUGCUCCAAGAGUAAAGUGGCGCAGUAAUUUAGAAGCGCGACUCUGGAAAACUCAAGAGAUCGAGAUGAUGUUUUGAGAGUCGAGGAGCUUGACGCGUUGCCGACGUGUUUUGGUGUCGGCGUCUUGGCAUUUUUGAGGCCCCAGACAAGCAAGUCUUUU